AUGCUUAUACGUGCUGUCACAGAUCUGCUGGACAAGACGAGCAAACCUGCAUCAGAGAGUGGUGGGUACCGCCGCCUACGCAUAUUCUCAGGUACUGUGCCUACUCCGGCUGGAGAGGAGCAGUUUGACCACUGGUUGGAACAAGCUUACCUGAUGGUUGAAGAAAGUGAUGGUUCUGACAAAGAUAAAAGGAGAAGGAUCAUGGAAAGUUUAAAAGGCCCUGCUCUUGAACUAAUCAAAGCGAUACGCCUUUCUGAAGCUGAUGUCUCUGCAGACAAGUGUUUGGAAGCCCUUGAGAGUGCUUUUGGCCUAGCUGAGUCUGGGGAUGACCUGUAUUUCUCCUUCAGACUAUUACAACAGCAACCGGGUGAAAAGCUGUCAGACUUCCUGAGAAGGUUAGAACGCGCCCUGGCCAAAGUUGUGCAGUGA